UGUCCUCCAAAUGGCUCGUACCAAGCAGACGGCGCGUAAAUCCACGGGCGGGAAGGCGCCCCGCAAGCAGCUGGCCACCAAGGCCGCCCGCAAGAGCGCGCCGGCCACGGGCGGCGUGAAGAAGCCGCACCGCUACCGGCCCGGCACCGUAGCCCUGCGCGAGAUCCGCCGCUACCAGAAGUCCACGGAGCUGCUGAUCCGCAAGCUGCCCUUCCAGCGCCUGGUGCGCGAGAUCGCGCAGGACUUCAAGACCGACCUGCGCUUCCAGAGCUCGGCCGUCAUGGCGCUGCAGGAGGCGUGCGAGGCCUACCUGGUGGGGCUGUUCGAGGACACCAACCUUUGCGCCAUCCACGCCAAGCGCGUCACCAUCAUGCCCAAGGACAUCCAGCUCGCGCGCCGCAUCCGCGGGGAGCGGGCGUGGGCCAAAGCGCCUCACUUGGAGCUGGUGUACUUGGUGACGGCCUUGGUGCCCUCGGACACGGCGUGCUUGGCCAGCUCGCCGGGCAGCAGCAGGCGCACGGCCGUCUGGAUCUCGCGGGACGUGAUGGAGGCGUUUGAGGUUAUAAAUAGGAGCGCCCAACAGAUUUGCUACCUUGGGUGCUUUGCUAUGGCUCGUACCAAGCAGACAGCGCGCAAGUCGACGGGCGGGAAGGCGCCCCGCAAGCAGCUGGCCACCAAGGCCGCCCGCAAGAGCGCGCCGGCCACGGGCGGCGUGAAGAAGCCGCACCGCUACCGGCCCGGCACCGUGGCCCUGCGCGAGAUCCGGCGCUACCAGAAGUCCACGGAGCUGCUGAUCCGCAAGCUGCCCUUCCAGCGCCUGGUGCGCGAGAUCGCGCAGGACUUCAAGACCGACCUGCGCUUCCAGAGCUCGGCCGUCAUGGCGCUGCAGGAGGCGUGCGAGGCCUACCUGGUGGGGCUGUUCGAGGACACCAACCUGUGCGCCAUCCACGCCAAGCGCGUCACCAUCAUGCCCAAGGACAUCCAGCUCGCGCGCCGCAUCCGCGGGGAGCGGGCGUAACUGUUACCCAAAGUAAAACGAAAACCCAAAGGCUCUUUUCAGAGCCGCCUAGAGUUUCCGUGGGAGAGCUGUAAGGAAAAUCGGAAUCUGUUCCCCAAACAGAACUACGUCCAGGUGGGACAGGCGCUGUGGUUGCCGAACUCCUUGUUCCAUAGGCCGCUUGCCUGCCUCCAGUCCUUCCUAUGUAGCAGCAGCCCCAGCCUAAUUCGUGGCUGUGCUCUUACUGGAAAAGCUGGCUUACCCCCACGGGAGGCCUGGAGUGGCCGCUAAAGCUCUAACCAGCAUUCAGCGUUGCAGCCUGCACCCUCUGAGAAGGUUGCCACUAGGCCUGAAACCGUGGUCCUUGCGUAACCCUUCCUUUGCUGGAAUUCCUCAACCAGGGAGGCCCCGCUUCCCACUUUAACUCCAGAAGGAAGUCCUGUGCCUCGGGCCAUGCAGCGUGUAGGGUUUAGUAUGUUUGCUCACGGAAAGGUGGGACUCCCCUCCCCGGGGUGGUGGGUAAACUAUGGCGUCCGUUCAGUCAGUGGCUCCGCAGUUGAGUAAAGCCGAGUCCCCAGCGGGAGCCAGAACCUGGCAUUCCCUGCAGUUUCUCUAACAGCAGCCGCACGUUGUUGCUGGAGCCGGUCCUCAGCCGCAGAACCCAGGACUCAGGUUCAGGAUCAUCGGGCUGCCCGGUCCCAUGUUUCUGCCUUGACGCUAACUUCCAAGCGCCAUGGCAACACAUGUGACUUUUACGUGAAUGUGGAAAGGGUUAUUAGGCUACCAGUUAUCAUAGCGACACGAAUACCCCUUUAAGAAUCGUUAUCUUAAGGUGGAAGGCAGGAAAUAGAAACUUAAACCCAAAUGGGUUGCAGUGGGGUUAAGGGGGAAGAAACAACUCCUGUACUUGUUGAAGUUUAAAAAAGCUUCAUUAGUAGUAGUCCUAAAGUGAAAACAGCUGUGUACUAUUAUCUUUCCAUGGACGGAUGGUUAUUACAGGGUGGAAAACAAAAGGAAAAAGGGGCCACAGGGUACACCUGACAAUCUCAGGGAAGGGGGCGCUGCAGGGAAGGGGGGAGGCCUGCAGAGGUGGAAAGUAUCCACAUAGGGCGAGCUGACAUGAAAACUUUCUAACUAAAAGCGAUUUGUGGCAGGUCCUCAGGGCCCCAGCUGGUACCUUCCCUGACAAAAGUCAGUUUUUACCUUAACUGAAUCUGUCUAUUGUCAUUUUGCAUCUAGGAUAACCCACCUUUGGAAUGUCAGGACAAUCCCCCCAGGGCAGCGACCACAAAUCCCAUGAUCUUUAUUUUAUGGUGUUAAUUGUUUAAGUUAACAUUAAAUUUAACGUGGUCCAU